CUCAUUCGCCAACCUCAGCCAGACAGAACAAAACCCUGUGAACUUCUCACAGCAUUUGUGUGAUUGUGGAUUACUGAGACACGAUGUGGGUCACUCUUUUUCUCAUCACGAUCAUCUGUUUCUCUGCGUCCGGAGCUGAUUUCUGUGAAAGCGUUCUCAGGGAGUGUGUACAAACUGGAGCCUCAUGGACACGUUGUUACGAGGACAGAAUUGCAACCUGUAGACCGAAAGGUCGCUCCAUGCCGGGCCUCAAACAUCUGACAGUAGACUCGCUUCAAGAGGCUAAUGUGAGCCCCACAUUUCAACACAGGGUUCACAUCCCGUCCUCAGCUCUGCAGAGAAGCAGAGGAAAUGUGUCAGAGGUCCUGGUGGUGGCCUCUGUGAUUAACAGCACUUAUUUUAAGCUCAGUCCUCCCCGAAGAAGCCGUCUGGGACAGUUUCACCGCAGAGAAGGCGUCGUGUUCAGGGGCUCGGUCCUGUCAGUGCGGGCAGGAAACGUUACACUCAUAGACCUCCCACAACCCAUCAAGUUAAUCUUCUCACACGAUAAAGAGGUGGAAAAUGGAACCUGUGUAUUUUGGCAGGAAUCAGGGACGAAGGAUGGAACAGGUUAUUGGAGUGUUGAAGGUUGUGAAACCACAAAAACAGCAGAGGAAUUCAUUUGCAGCUGCAACCAUCUGAGCUUCUUUGCCGUGCUUGUGAAUCCAAAAAUAUCAGUGAAAAAAUCUGAUGCUGAGAAGCUGAGCUACAUCACUUACGCUGGCUCAGGACUCUCAGCCCUCUUCACAUUCAUCAGCUUGAUCAUCUACAUUUGUCUACAUCGAUGGCGGCCCGAGAAGGUUGUAGGUCUGCACAUGCAGCUGACAGGGGCGAUGUUGUGUCUCCACGUCGCCUUCCUGCUGUCCAGUCUCCUGGUCCAACGGCUGAAGGAGGACAGCUCAUUUUGCCUGGUUCUGGGUCUCUUUUUACACUGGUCCCUGCUGGCCACCCUGACCUGGACUGCUCUGGAGGGGUUCCACCUCUACCUUCUGCUUGUCCGGGUCUUCAACAUCUAUGUGAGGAGAUACCUGCUCAAACUCAGCCUGGUUGGAUGGGGUGUUCCUACACUGGUUGCAGCGAUUUGUGGGAUUUCAGGUGUUUAUGGCAAAUACACUCUGAAGGAUGCCAACAACACUACAACAGCACACAUAUGCUGGAUGAGCAGCGAUUUCCCACAAAAGCUUCUUCUAACCAGCUACAUCACUACCGUGGCCUUCCCUUUCUUGGUGGUGGUGUUUAAUGGAUGCAUGCUGGGGCUGGUGGUGUUUAAGAUGUGGAAGAUACGAAAGGAUGACAGAGACUUUGGCAGCAACAGCGACUGGAAGAGGAUAAACAAAGCGAAAAGAAAGAGGCUGUGGAAGGACAGCGUCACAGUGCUGGGCCUCAGCUGUGUGCUGGGGUUACCGUGGGGGUUAGCCAGCACCACCUACAUUUCACUCGCUGGGAUCUACGUAUUCACAAUAUUCAACUCCCUUCAAGGUGUGUUUGUGUUCCUGUGGUCUGUGGCUUUGACCUGGUCACAGUCUCGAGGUGUAAACAACUCAUCGGUCAGAGACUCUUCCUCUCAGAAAAUGAUGACUACCAGUUUCAACAACUGAUAUUAGCAGUCGAGACGAAGGCAUUAUCCAUGACCUAUAUUAGGUUUGGCUUCUGUUGAUAUGCAGUUCAGUAUAACUAACAGUAUAUAAAUGUAUAUAUUUUGAUGUUUUGUUUCUUCUUUUAUGUGUCAGUGUUGUAUAUAAAUUUUGAAAAAAUACAAUGGUGAUUCUUAUGAUUUUAGUAUUUUCAGAAAUGAACAGGCAAAGGUUAUCAAUAAUUUACUGAUGAAGCUCUUAAUAAAAAAAGCUGUUAAUGA